AUGGCCGGAAUCUUAGAUCGCUGUGUGCCUUCACGACGGCUGGAAAGGAGACGUCAACGGGCUCUACACGAGAACCUGGACGCUCGUUUCGGAGAUACGCACAUCACAGCUCCUACAGAAGGCGCAUGGAACCAGAUUGGCAGCGAUGCAGGCAAAGAAUAUCAACCACGCCCUGUCAUCAGUGGUGGAUGGAGUCCUGGGAUGCCGUCAUGUGAACCACCAACUGUAUCGAGGUUGUCAGUGGAGAAUGCUAUUGAAGAUGGUUCUCACGAUAAGGAAUCUCAAAGGCAUAACUUUACUAUCACUAUUCCAUUUCCCUGGCCUUCCCGAAAAUCACAUACUCGGGCAUUAUCACUCGCAAAUAAGGCGGAAAUCAACUCGAGCAAAAAUGAGGAGCAAGGAGAGCUUAGUCCACGAUCAUUGACGUCCUCGCCCGAACCUACCCCAAGAUCCUUCAUCUCAUCACCAGACCCAAACACCAAAUCAUUUGUCUCAUCACCAAAUACUACUUUACCGUCACAAGCCACCUCUCCUGUGGUUAUCUACAAGCCAGUGUCUGAAGAGUACAAGCAGCAGCUCGCCGAAAUGGCUGGUGGUAUUACUCGAUUUGCAUCGUUUUCUUCCCCACCACCAGAUCGACUCCAGAAUACCUCACCAAUCAACGUCACCUAUAAGCCGGCCUCAGAAGACUUUGUCAAGGAGAUGGCAGAGGCGGGUAUGGGGCUCAGUCCUAUGAUACCACAGAGAGAGACCUUUUCACAUCCUCAUGCCUCGUCGAAGUCUACUCAGAUAGGCCUACCUCUAGAUCCGAGACCGACACUAGUAUACUCGCCAGAGCCACGGGAUGCGACAACGGGGAUGCCAGAAAACCCAGAAACAACAUCUAGGAUUCGCUCACCGGAUCUAUCACUGGGCCUGCCUGCCGAGCCACGAGUCGGCACUUCACGUUCCGCAUCUCGAGGUCCUACAGCCGACCGAAUCGGCACGACUCGCUCAGUCUCGCGAGGGCCGGCACCUGAUCGAGCAGGAACCACACGAUCUUCUUCCCGCGGUCCCGCAUUCGAGAGGAAAGGCAGCGUGCACUAUUCGUCAAGACCGAGUCUAGAUCACCAUGCAAACAGGCGUUCAGCUUCUCGAGGCCCCCUUCAUGAACGCACGGGAAAUGCAUUACAGAACCGCUCUGCUUCAUGCGUUCCAACCUCUACACGAACGCCAUACCGUGAGUCUGUCUCCUCGGAUUCUAGCACGGGAAGCGGUAUCACUCCCUCUUCAAGCCCAACGCUCAACGAUCCCUCCGUAAUCAACACCACCACCAACACCAAGCGUCUCAGCAAAGCUGAGAGGAGUCACCAAGGUAGUGUUGGCAGUGCAACCGGCUACUACUCAGCAGUCGCCAAGGAAUACAGGAGGAUAGCCAGCGAUGUGGAGGACAUGGAGUACGAGAAACGCAGGCAGCAGGAGAUUGAGGACGACAGGAGGAGGAAGAGGAAAGAGAAGGCUUUUCAGGGUCCACAGGAGAUGGUCCCGGAUGCGGAUGAGCUUUGGUGA